CCCUCAUGAGGCCACACUCAACCAGAACUGGCCGGUAAGACAGCGGACAACCGGCGGACACACUACUCACAGCUGUCAAACAGGGUUUUCUUUCUCGUCAGAAACAUGGUGAAAAAAGCUAAGAGUCCUGUCACUUACGCGAAAAUGAAGGGGAUAGUUUCAUAUUUUACAGCUUUAAUCAAGGACAAGAAGCUCAGAUCCAGUCACCCAAUCUACCACCAGAUGGAUUUCUUGCAACCAGAGGGCAGUCUUUCUGAAGAUGACGGAGCCGCAGCUGUUUGUUAUAGUAAUCCAGUACGAGAGGAGCCACAGUCUCAGGUAUCUGCGGGUGAUUUUGACUACUUGAAGGUGAUCGGGACUGGAAGCUUUGGCAAGGUAUUCCUGGCCACACACAGGGAAAAUGGCAAAUACUAUGCAGUCAAAGUUUUACAGAAGCAUAUAAUCUUAACAAGGAAGGAGGUGAGUGAAAGAAAUGUCAUGUGUGAGCACAGGGUGUUGUUAAAAACUCUUAAUCAUCCAUUCCUGGUGAAGCUCCACUUCAGCUUUCAGACUAAGGAGAGAUUGUAUCUAGUGCUGGACUACGCAUGUGGAGGAGAGCUCUUUUACCAUUUACAGAGGGAGGGGGUGUUUGGAGAAGCCAGAGCCAGAUUUUAUGCUGCUGAGAUGGCCUGUGCUUUAGGAUACUUACACUCCCUGAAAAUUGUCUAUAGGGACCUGAAACCAGAAAACAUUCUGCUGGAUUCAGCAGGUCAUGUGGUUCUGACCGACUUCGGCUUGUGUAAGGAGGGCAUGAGCGGACGCGGCACCACCAGAACGUUUUGUGGAACACCUGAGUAUUUAGCACCAGAGGUUCUGCUUCAGGAGGAGUAUGACAGAACGGUGGACUGGUGGGGUCUGGGAGCUGUUCUCCAUGAAAUGCUCUACGGCCUGCCACCUUUCUACAAUGCAGAUCGUCUUGAGAUGCUCCGAAAUAUUAUUUAUCAGCCGUUGGCACUAAAGGCCGGAGUGUCUAGUGCAGCCAGAGAUCUGCUGAAGAGACUGCUAAACAGGGACAGGGCCAAGAGACUCGGAGCCAAACGUGACCUGAUUGAGCUGCAGUCUCAUGCAUUCUUCUCACCCAUUCAGUGGGAUGAACUUGCUGCAAAGAAGAUUCAGCCUCCUUAUGUUCCUGUACUGUCUGGCCCUGGUGACCUCACGAACAUUGACCCUCGGUUUACUGAACUUCCUGUUCCACACUCACUCGGAGCCUGUGAGGAGCACGGAGCGAACUUUCCUGGCUUCACCUACAUCAAUGAAAACAUUCUCUCACUCACUCGUGGACACUAAGACAGAAUUCUGUCAGACCAAUAGACAUUUUGUCCAAACAAGAUUCUAAUGAUGUUUAACUUUAGCAAACACUGAAGCACAGUUCAUUUUUUUUGGUUAGCUGGACCAAUGCAUUUGCACACUACAACGUUUCUAUCAAAACGGACUGUGUUUUCCAAACAUUCAUAUGCUAUUUAAAUCUUUUUAAAAUCCUAUUUAAUAUAUAUUUGAUAAAACAAACAAUUGAUUUGUACAGAAAUACUAUUUUUUGUGGCGUUCUGACUGUAAUGACGUGAGACUGCAGGUUGAAAAAGAGGGUAAGAAAUAUAUGGAGCUAUGAGAGUGAAAGAGUAUUAAAUCUGAACGGUAAAUGACUUAGUAUAGAUUGAAGAUGGAAUUGGGAAGUGUGAUGUAAGUCUGUCAAGAGUGUUGUAGAAACAAUUCAGUCAUUUAAAGCCAAUGCACGAUUAUGGGCUAUGUUUUAUUAUGAAAGGUCUGUGUAUUUGAUAACGUGUUUUAAAUAAAAGUUAAUGUUUACAUU